AUGCCGAACACCGGUCGACCGAGCCGCGACUGCUAUUCAUGCCGUCGACGACGGAUUAGGUGCGAUCUCAAACGGCCGGCCUGCACCCAGUGUCUGAACAAGCAACAACCAUGCCCCGGAUAUCGAGACGAGCUAGACCUGCGCUUCCGGGUCGAAACGGUCUCGCUUCAGAAUGCAGCUCAUCCAAAGCGCGGCCACUUGAUUUCCUUGAAUGACGAAACACAGUCUCGAAGACCGGAAGAGCAAGCUGCUCGAUCCCAUCCAACGCUACAGCGUCCCUUGCCGGAGAUGUGGAAUAAUCACGCUCUUCCUUUCCUCUUGAGCAAGUUUCAGCGCAAAUUUGCAGAGUCCGUCUACAGCGUGGUCGCGUUUGUGAUUUCCCACGUGGAAGAAGGAUCCGUUCUUUUCAAGGUCUGCAGCGCUGUGGGACUCGCUUAUAUGGCAAACAUAACGCGAUCCUUGCAGGCAAUUGCAGAACGAGAACAAGCAUACGGAGCUGCCAUUUCGGCGGUCAACGUGCUCCUUAAGGAUCCGCAGCAGUGGCAGAGCGAUAGAAUCUUGUUAAGCGUUUGGUUACUGGGCCAGUGCGAGCAUAGUUCGCUGAUCAUGGAUCUGUGA